GGCCAGGGACGAAAGCAGGGCGAAGAUCAGUAUAAAAGGCACGGCAAUGCUGCAGGAACCAUCAGGACGAGAAGAAAAAGGUCUCUGAUAUGGUCACUGGCUGGCUGUCUCGUUGCUCUACUCUGCCUCUGCCAUGUCUACUACGCCCGUCUUGCGCGCCAGCAGUGCGCUCGCUCGCAGCUUUCUUAGAGCGCCGGCAUGGCGCGCUGCUCGUCAGUAUAGCCGGCCGGCGCUGGCGGGGUUAAACAAGUUUCUGAAGGUGUCCGAGGAGGUCGAGGAUGCAAUUGCUACGGGGAAGCCUGUCGUUGCGCUGGAGACAACCAUCUACACCCAUGGAUUCCCGUACCCUGAUAACGUGGAUCUUGCCAUGCGUCUUGAGUCCAUAGUGAGAUCGAAAGGCGGCGUGCCAGCUACUAUUGGGGUUAUUGACGGCGUUGCUCGCGUUGGGAUGAAUCAGACGGAGUUGACAGAGCUCGCGUCGACCUCACAAAGGACAAAAGUGCACAAGGUAUCCCGCCGGGACCUUGGAUACAUCUGUGGAGCUGGCAUUCGGGGAAGCCUGAUGAACGGCGGAACCACGAUUGCUGGGACUAUGAUUCUGGCUCAUUUGGCAGGAAUCAAGGUCUUUGCUACUGGAGGACUAGGCGGUGUACACCGUGGAGGAGAGACUACCAUGGAUAUCUCAGCCGAUCUCACUGAACUGGGCCGUACACCAGUUGCUGUGGUCAGCUCUGGCUGUAAGAGCUUCCUAGAUAUCCAGCGGACUCUUGAGUAUCUAGAGACCGAAGGUGUUGUUGUUGCUGCCUUUGCAGACGGACGCAAGGGAGAUAUUGAUUUCCCAGCAUUUUUCACUCGUGACAGUGGUAUUAAAGCACCCAGGGUCAUCCAGAAUGCUCAGGACGCUGCUGCUAUCAUCUAUGCUCAGUCACAGCUGCAGCUCAAGUCUGGUAUGCUCUUCACCAACCCGGUGCCAGAAGAGCACUCGUUCCCCAAGCCAGAAAUGGAUGCUAUCAUCUCUCGAGCUAUUGAACUUGCCCAUAUUGAAGGCAUCCAGGGGAGUGACAACACUCCCUACGUCUUGGCAAAGAUUGAAGAGCUCAGUGGUGGACGUAGCGUGGCUACAAACAGAGCCCUCGUCGAAUACAACGUAGAGGUUGGCACCAAAGUAGCUAUCGAGCUUGCAAAGCUGGAAUCGGAAAAUGGCAAAGAUGUGGAUGGAUAUAGCAGUGUAGCUGGCAACAUUUCAAUAAAUCAAGCUCAUGUCGAAGAGAGUCAAGAUAGUGUCCAAUCCUCUGUUGAAUUUACAAAUACUCCUUCAACACAGGAAGUUGAACAAGAAGAGCCAGAGCUGCUGGUAGCAGGCUCUCUUGCAGUUGACCUAGCCUGUGACUAUACACCGCUAUCAAAUGGGCCUUCAGAUGGUUCACCGAAGCUACAAACCUCAAACCCUUCAAUCAUAACCCAGACUCUAGGAGGUGUUGGACACAACGUAGCCCUUGCAGCAAGUUAUAUGGGGAGCUCCGUGAUGUUCUGCAGCGUGGUUGCAGACGAUAUCAGCGGCCGAAGUGCCUUGGACACAAUACAAGACGCAUACAACCCUUUCUUCCAAUCCGAAGGCAUCCAGCUACUCCCGUCGGCUCCCGACGCCAGAACAGCACAAUACAUAGCCGUCAACGACGCCAAAAAGGAUUUAAUGAUCGCCAUGGCAGAUAUGAGUAUCCUCGAACUGCCCGAGAGCAAGCUGAACUUCCGGGCCUACUGGGAACCGUUGAUCAAGAAUCAAGUGGUGCCGCCUUCAUGGGCUGUUGUGGACGCAAAUUGGGGAUCAGAAGCCGCCAGCGAAUGGAUACAGCUUUGCAGGCGCCAGGGUAUCAAAAUUGCGCUGGAGCCUGUGUCCGCACCAAAGGCCGCGAGGCUAUUUUACCGACAGAACGAUACACCUAGUCACGUCCCGGUUAUAAGAGCGACUGAUAUGGCUCCAGAUAGCCAUGUUAUUGACCUCGCUGCUCCGAACCGAUAUGAAUUAGCAGCUAUGCAUGCGGCAGCGCGAGAUACAGGCCACUUUGAUAGCCCCGAGUGGUGGCGGAUAAUUGAUGCCCUCCAGCUGCCCAGUAACGGAUCAAGGGUCCGUCUAAUCUCACUUACAAACGCGGAGAUUGUCAAUGAGGGAAUACCUCAGCAAACCAUACAGCUUCUCCCAUUAAUACCAUGCAUACUGACCAAGCUGGGUCCUCAGGGAGUGCUGUUGACUCAGAUAUUGUGGCCUGGGGAUGAGCGACUGACCAUGAAAGAGUAUGCUCCGUACAUACUUGGUCGAGGACAGAUAGACGAGAGCCCUGUUGGAGGAGUUUAUAUGCGUUUGUUCCCGCCAGAGGAAACACUCUCGGAGAGUAAUAUUGUCAGUGUCAACGGUGCAGGUGAUACCCUACUGGGUGUAGUUAUGGCUGCUCUUGGAAGAGGCGGACGAGAUCAAGAAAUACGGUUAGAGGAUGUGAUUCCAAUAGCGCAGAAAGCCAGUGUUAUGACGAUGAAAAGCAAGCAUUCUGUGAGCCCUGAGAUAUCUCAACUCGCUCCGUUACUUGAGUCGUUGUAA